AUGAUACAUUAUCUAACUUACUUUAAUUCAUUGUUAGUGUUGUCUGUGGGAGAGCUCCUGGAGAGGGCUAAUCGAGACAUUGUUCGUGGUGCUGACGAACCAACAGUUGUUGGGGACAUUGCAGUUGAAGACGACAAUGGAAGGAAUGCUGAUCCCUGCGUAUCUACUGGCUGCAAGUGGCCCAAGUCCAGUGAUGGACUGGUGUACGUGCCCUACAUCAUUGCCAACCACUUCUCCUCCCGUGAGCUGCAGGUCAUCCAGCGAGGUCUAGAUUCUUUUGCAUCUGUUUCUUGCAUUCGUUUUGUUCCACGCUACAAUGAGAGGGAUUAUCUCAGCAUUGAGUCGCGCAGCGGAUGCUACUCCUAUGUUGGACGGCUUGGUUAUGGUCAGACUGUGUCUCUGGACCGCAAUGGCUGUAUCUACCACAACACUGUCCAACAUGAGCUACUUCAUGCUCUGGGCUUUAACCAUGAACAGACCCGCAGUGACCGUGACAACCACAUCCGUAUCCUCUGGGAAAAUAUUAUUGAAAACAUGAAGUAUAACUUUGACAAGAUUGCCACUCUGAACCAGGGAACUCCCUAUGACUACGACUCUGUGAUGCAGUAUCACAAAACUGGAUUCUCUAAGAAUGGUAAACCCACCAUGGAGCCCAUCCCCAACAGCAAUGUAGAAAUUGGCCUGGCCAGAGAGAUGAGCCAAAAUGACAUUGUUAGAAUCAACAGAGUCUAUGAGUGCUCUUAUGGAGGAUAA